ACGGCCCAAAGUCUGUCUCCUCCAUCAUCGCUAGUUUUCCAACGUGUAAUGAUGGUUAUGAUUAAACGUAGGAAAUUAUAUGAUAGAGUAGCAAGUCAGAAAUAUGAAUUGCAGCUUUUCUCCUAAAUCCUAAUCAUAUGUUAUUUGGCAGAUUAUGUUGUAAUAGAGAGAACCGAAAGUUGAAAAGUGUAGGAGUGGUAGUAUUGGUGAGAUUUCUGAGCAGGUGACCCAUUAAGCAUACCAAGCGCCACGUGACUUCUGCGCAAAGCGAGGAGGCGGCGCCACCUCGUCAACAGUGCAUCAUCUUUGGCUUUCGAAACCCCUUUAAACCCAUCCUCCCCUCCCUGUCCUUCUAUCUUUGAAAAAUUCAAAUCUUUUGCAUUAAAUGGUUCUUCAGCUUUGAGCUACUUCAAACAUCUUCUCCACAGUGAUUGUGCUGCUUCAACCUUUUAUUAUAAGUUUGUUAAGUUAAGAGAAGUGCUUGUUUGGUCUGUUUCAAAAUGCUUGUGUAGCUGAGAAGAGACAUGGUGAUAAAAAAUCAUAAUCUUCGCUAUCUUUUUAGAUUGGGCAGUCUGAGAACAAAAGAGUUGGAAAAACAGACCUCUGGUCCCUAAUGAAGUGUAUGGACUAGCAUAAAUGAAGCACAAAGUGAAAGUUGCCCUUGCUUGUCUCACUGGCUUGGCCUGGAUUCAGCAAAGCCUUUGUGAUGAGCUAUCUGGCACAUCAGGUGUAAGCAAUUGGACAUGCACAUGUUCUUCCUCAAAUCAACAGAACCAGAGCAAUAUUCUGAAAUCAAACUGUUCUACAUCUUGUGACUGCAAUCCAGCAGUGGGAGGAUCAAGUGAAGGUAGGUGGAGAUGUGUAUGCACAGCUGAUGGAUUCCCUAAAGUUGCAAUCAACAGCCAUGAUACAACCUGUUUUAGUGGCUGUAACUGCACCUCUGGUUCUGUGAAUGAAGCAAAAGCCUCAGGGAAGCGAAUUUCCAGUAAAGUUGUUGUGAUCAUUCUAUUACUAUGUGUGAUGCUCACAACACUUGCAUUUCUUACUUUGGCUAUGUGCUAUUUUCAUUGGAAGGACAAGUGCCAUAUCCAAACACCAAAAUUUUCAUCAGAUAAAGAAACAAGUUGCAAUAGUGCUACCAACUUAAUAAGCCACAGGAGUUCUUCAUUUACAGAUAUUAGAGUUGAUAUGGGCUCUCCAAUUAAUCUUGUCACUGGGUGCUUCCAGAAUACUUCUUUUUGUAGGAACAAAACAUGGACUAUUCAUAAAACCAUUAUCCAGUUCUCAUACUCUGAAUUGCUAUAUGCAACGGAUAAGUUUUCCGAUUCCAACCUUAUAGGACACGGAGGAAGCAGCCACGUAUACCGUGGUCAACUCAAAGGUGGUAGGAUUGUAGCAGUUAAGAGAUUCAAAACUCAGGGAGGGCCUGAUGCAGAUUCCGUGUUCUCAACAGAGAUAGACUUGUUAUCAAGGCUUCAUCAUUGUCACGUGGUGCCAUUGUUGGGAUACUGUUCAGAGUUCCGAGGGAAACAUGCUGAGAGGCUACUAGUUUUUGAGUACCUCCCUAAUGGAAAUCUGAGGGAUUGUUUGGAUGGUGUUUUGGGGGAAAGCAUGAACUGGGAUACUCGUGUUGCAAUUGCAAUUGGAGCUGCCAGGGGCUUGGAGUAUCUCCAUGAAGCAGCUGCUCCUAGAAUUUUGCAUAGAGAUAUCAAGUCCACAAAUAUUCUUCUAGAUGAGAAUUGGAGAGCAAAGAUAACUGACCUUGGUAUGGCUAAACGAUUGAGAGCUGAUGGCCUUCCCAGCUGUUCCAGUUCUCCAGCAAGAAUGCAGGGCACUUUUGGCUAUUUUGCACCAGAGUAUGCAAUUGUUGGAAGGGCAUCUCUUAUGUCGGAUGUUUUCAGUUUUGGGGUAGUCUUACUUGAGCUUAUAACUGGCCGGCAACCAAUCCAUAAAUCAACUAAUAAAGGGGAAGAAAGCCUUGUCCUUUGGGCAUCCCCUCAAUUACUGGAUAGUUGUCGAGUGAUAUCAGAAUUGCCCGACCCACGUUUAAAAGGGAGUUUCCCAAAAGAAGAAAUACAAAUAAUGGCUUACCUAGCAAAAGAGUGUCUGCAGUUAAACCCUGAUGCACGACCAACCAUGAGUGAGGUUGUGCAAAUCCUUUCAACCAUUGCACCAGAUAAGUCCCGAAGAUUAAACAUUCCAGUCAAUUUCUUUCAGAUGUCUUCAACCGGUGCACCAGUCAUAGGGCCUGAUAAUCUAAUAGAGGCAUCUGCUGAUGCACAAGAGCUGAGGCGAGUGGCAUCUAUUAGGCCACCGAGUUGUUCACAACCAUUGGAUAAUGACUAUAAACUGUGUACAGGAAACAACAGUAUAGAAGUAGAAACAAUUUCAGCUGAGUAUAUGGAGAGGAUAAUCCUUCUAACGCAGAAGGCAAAGAGUGACUGUGCUCUGGAUGAUGAAACAGUGGAUUUAACUGAGCCUCGGUUUGAGUCAUUCUGCAUGACAAAUGUCAAGUCUCCCUGAUACCAUCACUCGAAGGGAAAAUGAUUCUGAAAAAAAGUGACACGGACUCAACCAGAUUGCAUAUGGUUAGCUUUCAAGUUGAGUUUUGGUUUCUUUCUGCUGCUGGGCUGGAGGAGGUUAUAAUAGAGGAAGAAGCAAGGAAGUUUUUCUGUGGACUUUGCAUCAUUUCAAUUCUUUUCAGUUUUCUUUGGAAAAUUAUAUAUUCACACAUCCACAGAUGGUUUUCACCACAUUACCAUGUUUUUAAUUUGAUAUCUCUAUGUACAGAAAAUCAUAGAAAAUUCAAAUUUUAAAAUGUUCAUAAUUUAUACUUUACUUGCAACCAGUA